AUGCCAAAGGAUUUUUACUGUCCAAUUACCCAAGAUUUAAUGACUAUUCCAGUUAUUCUUAUUGAAGAUGGUCGAAGUUAUGAAAAAUAUGCAUUACAAUCAUGGUUAGAUCAUCAUAAUACAUCACCAAUGACUAAUAAUGUAUUAAAAAAUCGAAAAUUUAUUAUCAAUUAUAAUUUAAAAAAUGCUAUUGAAGAUUUUAAAGCAAAACGUUUAAAAGUUAAUUAUUUUCAAGAAUUAUCAUCACUAUUUACUAUUAAAUCUUGUCGAAUACCAAAAUUUUAUCAAGAUCAUCCAAAAUUAAAAAUUAAAAUAUGUUUACUUGGUGAUUCAUCAGUGGGAAAAACGACUAUAGCAAAAAAAUUACAAUUUGAUGAUCGAAUACAAACUGUACCGACUCUUGGUCCAGAUUUUACAAUUUUUUAUGUUGAUCAUUUAUAUGAAAAUCAAUAUACAAUUAUUAUUCAAUUGCAAGAUAUACCGGGUAUGGAACGUUAUGGUUGUGUAUAUGAUUCUCAUUUUCGUACAUGUCAUGGUGCCAUUUUAGUGAGUGAUAUAACAAAUAUAACUAGUUUAAAACGAUUAAAAACAUAUUGGUAUAAAGCACUUAAUCAAAAAGCUAUGAAUGAAGUUGAAUGUGUUCUGGUUUGUAAUAAAAUUGAUUUAUUUCAACAUAAAAACAAUGAAAUGUUUUUUGAACAAGCUGAACAAUUAGCAUCUGAUAAUCAUUUAUCAUUAUUUUAUACAUCAGCAUUAACAGAAAAAAAUAUUAAAGCCAUGUUUAAUCAAUUAAUAUUAUCGAUACUCGAUAAUUCAAUACUUUUAAAUCAAUUAAAACAAAAUAAUACACAACCUUUGGAUUUUAAUGAAUCGAAUAUAAAUUCAUCAAAAUGUUGUUUUUAA